AUGGACUUCUUCAAGGACAUUGUGAGCAAAACACAGACGAUUUUGGACUCGACCGGUUCGUCACGGCGGCCCAGCAAGGACGAGCUGCUUUGUGUGGAGUUCCGGCUUCCGGACGGCGAACGAAUAGUGGACGAGGCGUCGGUAGAGCUUGUGCUUAGCCCACGGGUGGUGAACGGGCACCAGUCUGCGGACACGUCGGCAGUCACAUUUAGCGGCAAGCUGACGUUGACCAACAAUUUUCUCACGUUCAAGGACUCGUACGACUUCAUGGCGUGCUCUUUUGUGGUAGAGCUGUUGAUGAUCCAGAAAAUACAAAGAGUGCACCGAUCCUUCGAUUUCGCCAUCCAACUGCACACCACAAGCGAUCUGGAGCUGACGAUCCAAUUUCUGAGCAUCAAGUCGCAGGCCGAGCGGUUUGGCCAGAACCUGACACGGUCGCUGAAGCGCAAUGUCAACGAGGUGUCCAAGAUCAAUCUUUUCCAGAUGGGUCUUUAUUCGGAGUACUUGUUGUACAAGAACCACGCUUCCAAGCUCAAGAUUGAGGCUCCACCAACAGGAGGUCUUGGGUGGGUGUUCAAGUUCCCUGGAAACGCACAGAAGAUGAACGAUCGGCUCAAAAUGAAGAAAUGGUUUGAUUUCUUUAGAGAGUACGGCCGCAACUUUGCAUUGAUCAGAAACAUUCCGUUCUACAAGCUAGUGAGUUUCGGAUUACCCAACAAGCUGCGUGGCGAGCUCUGGGAAACCUGCUGCGGGUCAUUGUAUCUCAGAUACAUCAAUUGCGACGAGUACAACACGAUUCUUGUUGACCACGACGGCAUGAAGAGUUUUGCUAUUGAGGAGAUCGAAAAGGACCUCAACAGAUCGCUUCCCGAGUACCCUGCGUACCAGAACGAGGAGGGAAUCAACCGUUUACGCAGGGUUUUGACCGCCUACUCGUGGAAAAACCCAGAGAUCGGCUACUGUCAGGCCAUGAACAUCGUGGCAGCUGCUCUGUUGAUCUACAUGUCCGAGGAGCAGGUUUUCUGGUGUCUGCAUGUUCUUUGCGAGAACAUCAUCCCAGGCUACUAUUCGCAGACAAUGUACGGCGUGUUGCUGGACCAGAAGGUGUUUGAAGGGCUGGUGAGGAAGACUUUGCCGAUUCUGGGCGACCAUUUCCAACGACAGGACAUCCAGCUGUCGAUCGUGUCGCUGCCGUGGUUUUUAUCGUUUUUCCUCAACACGAUGCCGCUUGUGUUUGCGUUCCGUGUGGUGGACAUGCUGUUUCUGCACGGGCCCAAGACGCUGUUCCAGGUGGGGCUGGCCAUUCUGAAGGUCAACGGCGAGGCUCUGCUGCGGUGCGAGGACGAUGGUGAGUGUCUGGCGGUGUUCAAGGAGUUUUUCCUCUCGCUCGACGAAACAGAGCCGUCCAUCUUCAACCAGGACAGACUGCGCACCAAAUUCGACAACCUGUGGGAGGUUGCGUUCCGGGAGUUUGCUGUGAUCGACGACAAGGUGAUUGCGCAGUUCCGUGCACGCAACAAGAACGAGGUGUUCCACGGGAUUGAGAUCUUUGUCAAGCGGGCGGCCGUGAGAAACCUGCCCAAGACGCCCAACCUGAGCCAAGACCAGCUGUCCAACAUUUACGAUCGUUACUACAACGUGCUGAUUGCGGAUAGCGGGUCUGCAAUUGGCCGCGCGAACCUGACGAUGGACUUUGCCUCGUUUGGCAAGUUCAUGGCUCAGCUGGUGGACUGGGCCCAGCUCGACACAGACACUGGCCACAACGGGUUCCUGCGCCGGCUGUUUGACAACUGGGCCAAGGGCGAGGACACGCUGAAUCUGGAGACGCUUGUGCUGGGGAUCAACCGGCUCAUCGACAGAGACAUCAUGAACUCGCUGUCGAACUUCAUUGCGCUGUACGACAACGGCUCGGGCAAAAUCGACAACGAGACCGUGCUGGAGCUGGCCGAGGACCUCAUCUACAUCACCAGCCCGUGGCGCGACGGGUAUCUGUUCGACGACAUGACCAACAAGGCGAUUGAGACGGAGAUCGCCAAGAAGAUCAUCGAGCGCAAGCGCAUUCUGCAGGAACAGGGCAUCUCCACCGACGACGACAAGAUCAAGCUGCCGCAGGAGGUGCGGUUCAACGACGAGAAGUGGCGCAACAAGCAGAGCGAGCGGUACUUGGCGUCGAGCUCGAACUUCCUCAAGCUGGCUUUCCAGUACGCCCAGGAGGAGCCGGACCCACAGGCGUCGCUGAUCGACCUGGACGACGACACCACCGAGAAGCUGAAACACAACAAGGCGCUCAACCCGGCCACGCCCACCUUCAUCACCGCGUCCACGUUCCGGAUGAUCAUUCUUGCCGACGAAACGUACGAGUCGUUUUUCCACAACGAUUUCUGGAAAUCGUUCCAUGUUAACGACAAAGUGAGCGAGAACCCCGGCGUGGUGAACAACCUGCGCGGCAUGUUCACAGACUUCCUCGCCGACGGCCGCCGCGUGGCCAACGAGGUGCGCAAGCGCAUGGACGACGCUACAAAAACCGUCGCGUCGUCCGACCAGAGCUCCAUCACCACCAGAAACUCGCGCGCCCAGACACUCACCUCGUACAACGACGAGGACGAGGACGACUUUGGCAACUUUGUGUCGCCAUUGAGCGACGCGCUCAACGAUAUCCCGAUCGGCGCGCCCAAACAGCCAGAUCCUACAAACCAAUACUCGGCAGCACGCAGCUGGGCCUCCGACUUUGGUGCAGCCUUGUACUCGCUCUUCUUUGGGGUCGGUGGAGUCUCGAAUUGCUGUGGGUUGUGCUGCUUGGCAGCCCGCGUGGCGGCCACCAAAUGGGCUGGCGACGAUGGGUUUGAAGGCAGACCGCCAGUGGAGUCGCGUCUGGAUCUAGGAGCCUGCACCGGGGUCGCACGCAUGCUCAAACGCAUUCCCUUGUGGUCUGCAGGAGACUGGCGUGUUGGCUUCUCCGGCUGCGAAAACCUCUUGGUGGCAGGCGAGGCGCGUGGCUGUUGCGAAACAUUCAAAGAGGACGACGAUGCCAUGGCAUUGAGUCGCGUGUUCUCCGCAGUGGCCAGCGACAAUGUAACGUCAUUACUGGUUGCUGUGGUCAACGAGUCGUCAGGAGUGGCUCUGGAGAGCAGGUUGUCGGUAGACCGGCCGGUGUAUCCAUUGACUAGGUCGAGUUCUGGAUACUCGCCAGAUGAUCCAGAGAUGGCUGACUUGACAGGACUCAUAUCGCUGAUCGGGUUCUUAGUCAGCGAGCUGGAGUCGUUAGAAAUCGACCCGAUGGACUGGGCAGCCUCGAGUUCCUGCUGCUGGAGCGCAGCUUGUAGAAUCUCCUGUUCCUUCUGCCGCACAAGAGCCUCUAAUUUUUGCUCGGCAAGUUCCCGAUCUGCAUCGGUGAAUUCUGUUGACGUAUUUUCAUCUGGAAUUUCAUUAGAAUGGGGAAUUUCAGGUUGCACCACGAUAGUCUGCAACUGUGGCUCGGGCGACUUCGAGGGCUCAACAGCCUUCUUGUCUUCUUCGCUCUCGUCUUCCUCGAUAGUUGGUUCCACAACCAUGGAAUUGUUUUGGGUAUGCAUCGAUUGA